UUAUAAAGCAGCUCCUUCUUUUCUGUCAUCACAGCAGCUGUUCAACAUGGUGACUGCACAGGUCUUGUUGAGGUUGUUCCUCUUUGGCUUACUGUUUGUGGAUGUUAAUGGUGUUCCAGUAAAAGGCUCAAAACCUCAAGAUCAGAGCAGACCCAGUGACCCACAUGGUGAUUACGGUGGCUACAAGCAGGGAUCAGCUGCUGGCUACUCUGAACCUGCCUUUUACAGCACCUCUGGAGGUGUUUCUAAGCCAGCAAAAGCAGUGCCACAAUACCUAGGUGCACCCCGGUACGUCCAGGCACAGUCAGUGCCUGUUGCCCUCGGCUCAGCUGUCCCUGCUGCAGGACAUGCUGCAACAGAUGGUUCUCUGGUACCUCUUCAAGGAGGACAUGUUGCAGGCUCAUACUCACCAGUUCAGUCUGGUUCCCCUGUGCCACUUCCAGCAGCACAUGCUGCCAGCCCUCCCCAGUCUGGAACCCGGCCUAAUCUACCAGAAAUGAGUUGGUUUAUUGCGCCCAAACCAUUUGAAGGAGCAGCCACUGAUGCCCAGCCUCAAAGCACCAGCAUUGUUGGCCCACCACUCCCUCCAGCACCACCUGCUCCUGUUCUCCAGUCUGGAGAGACUUCCAAUGUUGUGAAGGAAGCUGAGCUUGGAAACUACCAGCAGCAGACGGAGGAGUUUGGAUACCCAUCUUACCCUACGGGGCCUGUCCAGCCUCUUCCACCUGUGGCUCUGCCUAGCCAUGGUGUGGGUGGCUUUUGGGGCGACCAGCCUCCCUAUCCUCUGCCAUACCCCUUUCCCUAUCCUUACCCUGUUUUUGACUACAGUCUCCUGUAUGGUCUGUACCCUCCUGGCACCUACACUACCUUCAGCAGAGACCAUGAGAAGGGCAAAGACUACUACCAGACCACCCACUACCUGAAAGACCAUGGCUCUGCUCCUGACACACCCCAGAACCCUGGAUCUGGGCAGCAGAAGGUCUACCCAGGUGUCCCACAAGGGACUUGACACUGGCUGCACAGUAUGCUUUUUCUGAACAAUCCUGCCUGUGAAAUAUGGACUGAAGUCUCAAUAAAUCUGAAACUUGUCUUGACUCUGAA